AUGUCUAAUAUUUGGAAUCCAUCUUAUUUAUCUACAAGCUCUUUUGAGCUCCACAACCCAAAAAGUAUUUGGGAUUGGAACAUGAAAGAUCUUCCAUCCGGAUCUUCAUCAUGUGGUUCUGCUACUUCGGCCUCCAGAAGAAAUUCAUCGAGAAUCUCAUUUGAUGAUGGUUUAUCUUCUGAAAGCUCUGAAAACUUUGAGAUGAUGAAGCUUAUUCCAGACUUAUGGUCUGAUUCUAGGCGUGAUAUUUAUGGUAAUUACUCACCAGGUCCACAACAUGUUAUGAACCAAGCCGCUCAUUUUAAAUUCACAAAUUGUAUGCCUACUCGUCAUAGUCAGUCUUUUGGAAAUAUUAGAAAGGAAACAUCAUCUCAGCCUUUUGUUAGAGAGAGAUAUCCAUCUCUUGCAGGAAAUGGCUGGGGUAUUUCAUCUACUCUUCCAAGAGGUAAUUCGACUCCAAGUAUCGCUACGAGUACAUUUUCGUACCCAUCCAGUCCUCUGCAGGAACCUUUGCGUUUGAAUGAUGGAGCUAUCUACUAUAACAAUAAUGCUAAUCAUAGUAUAGUUUGUCACCCACCUCAGUCCACUGUUUCGUCAUCCAUGACAAGAAGUGACGCUCCUUUGGAGAAACAUGAAGAUUCUUCUAUGAUCAGAUCUUAUCCUUUAACUGAAGAAAAUUUAAGCUUGUUGGGUCAGCAAACCUCCCAGAUUACUGAGAAUGAUCUCCCAUCUCCUUCAGAUGCAGAAACUUCGGUUGAUAGUUGUUCUUCGAUUCCUGCGCUAGUUGAUCGCGAGAAGAAGAGUAUCUCUGGAUCUUCUGCUAUUAGAAGCGGUAGUGUUGGUAGCAAGGCGAGAUCGCAUAAGACCAGCAGCUCGCGUGAUUCCUUCAGAAGCAAGAAGAAGGAUAAUCAACUUUAUAAGACUGAAAUGUGCGUUCAGUUCCAAAGGAAUGGUUACUGCCCUUAUGGCUCUAAAUGUCAGUUUGCACAUGGUGAGCAGGAGCUGAAGAGGAUUAAGAGAUGUGAAAAUUGGAAGACGAAGCCUUGUAUUAAUUGGAUGAGGACGGGAACUUGUCGUUAUGGUAAGCGCUGUUGUUUCAAGCAUGGGGACGAAGACAAUGGAACGCAGCUUGUCAACGAACCUCCACCAGCCAUCGUCAUGAAGAAGAUAUCUAUGAAACUAUCCCAGAAAGGAUACUAUCAUUCUUCAUGA